GGCGGGAUAAUUGUCAGGGGAAUGUAUGUGCGGGGUGCCUCGCCGGCCGACGUGAGAGGUGUAUCUCAGGGCCGAGGAGAGGAUGCCUAUGAUUGAUUUGGGGUAUACUCCGAUAUUUUAUUGCGGAGAGGAGAUGAGGACAAUCCGAUCUUGCGUUGAGCUUCAGACGAAGGGACAUAAGAGAGAUAAUCUCCCCAAAGAUUUCUUCAGCUCACCUCGGUGCCAUUGACCAUCCAUUGAAGCUUGAACGACUUCAAUACCUGCACGAUGGCCCCUCGAUACCAUCUCAAGCUCUCCAGCAUCUUGCUUGCUAUGGCUAGCUUCACCAACCUCACUUUCUCCGCUCCAACGGGCACCGCCUCUGCAGCACCCCCCUCAUCUCUCCUAGGCUACAAUGCGGCCAACAAAGUCAUCAACGAAGAUACCGAUGACAUUUCCUACACUCUCGUACCAGGGCAAACCGACACUGCAGUCAUCGGCGCCUUCCUAGACUUCAACAACCAAGCACACCCGCAACCGAUCCGCGGCAGCAAAGGCGGGACUGAUCCAGGUCCAAGGACAGAGGAAUAUGAUAUUCUGAACCCGGAUAAACUUGCCCCGCCGGGGACGGAUCAUGGUGGUGUUUCGAAUGCGCAGUGGCCUAUGGGUCUUAGUCACAUGAAGUUGGGGCUUGGGAGAGCGGGAUGGUCGCGGCAGCAGAAUGUUGAUAAUAUACCAGCCGCCACGGAAAUGGCAGGUGUGGAUAUGAGGUUAGAAGAGGGAGCGUAUAGAGAAUUGCAUUGGCAUAAGGCGGCUGAGUGGAGCUAUGUGUUGAAUGGUAGUGUGCGAGUUGAGGCUGUGAAUGAGGAAGGGCAGACGUUUGUGGAUGAUUUGAAUGCCGGGGAUGUGUGGUUCUUCCCGCCAGGCGUGCCGCAUUCCCUCCAAGGGUUGAAAGGUGGCGUGGAGUUUCUUCUCGUCUUCGACGACGGAAGCUUCUCAGAAGACAAUACCUUCCUCGCCUCCGAAGUCUUUGCACACAACCCAAAAGAAAUCCUCUCGAAAAACUUCGACCUCCCCCUCUCAGCCUGGGACAACAUCCCGGCGGGCGAACUGUUCAUCUUCCCCGGCACCAAAGCUUCCGCCGACAUCAGCACCCAAAACGUCGUCGGGUCUGCGGGUCUCGUGCCCACCGCACAAUCGUACACCUACCAUCUAUCGCAAAAAGCAAACGACCAUGAGACCGCCGGCGGAUCGGUGAAAGUCAUUGACCCGACGAUCUUCCCGAUUGCUAGUAAGUUUAGUGCCGCAGUUGUGACGGUGAAGCCGGGCGCCCUCAGGGAAAUCCAUUGGCAUACGACGAGUGAUGAGUGGAACUUCUUUGUGGCGGGAAGUGCGAGGAUUGGCAUUUAUGCUGCGCAAGGCAAUGCGAGGACUUUCGAUUAUCAUGCGGGAGAUACAGGAUAUAUCCCAAAGGCGAUGACCCAUUAUGUUGAGAAUGUUGGGAAAGACGAUGUGGUUUUCAUCGAGGUGUUGCAGGCUGAUCAUUUCUCUGACAUCUCCGUUGGUCAGUGGGUGGGUCUCACACCGCCGCAGAUCGUGAUGGAUACCCUAAACUUGACAAAUUCGACUGUUUCGCAAUUCAAGAAGGAGAAGCAGUAUAUCGUCCCGGGCAGUGUUGUGGCGUAAUUGGAAUACGUCAACUGUUUCGAGCUCUAGAGCUCUGUUCCUGAAUUCUGGUAAACUUCUUGUAUUUACUUAGAUAUUCAACCGAGCGUGGAGCUUCUUAUUACUUCCCAGGCAGUAUGGGAUUUGUCUCAGCUUCGUCAAUAAUUCGUGCUUCUGCUCUCGGACAGACGCGGCACUAUCAAGGGGUCACUUCCCCUGGCUCCUUCUCCUUCGUCGUGAUGGUUGAGAAGAUAGAUAUUCUUGAGCCUUCCUAAGCAAGGUGAGAGUCUUGUCCGUAAUCGUAGUUGUUGGGUCC